AAUAGUCUGAGUCUCUGCGCCGCGGCGCGGCAGCCGGACCCCAGGGGUCUCCGUGCCAGCAUGCCGGCCACCGGGAAGACCUUUCGCCGGCGCCGGGCCGACUCAGAGUCGGAGGAGGAUGAGCAGAACUCAGAGGAGGUUCGAUUAAAACUGGAGGAGACCCGAGAAGUGCAGAAUUUGAGGAAGCGGCCCAAUGGGGUGAGUGCUGUGGCCCUGCUGGUGGGAGAGAAGGUGCAGGAAGAGACUACUCUAGUGGAUGAUCCCUUUCAGAUGAAGACAGGUGGUAUGGUGGACAUGAAGAAACUGAAGGAGAGGGGCAAAGAUAAGAUUAGUGAAGAGGAAGACCUCCACCUGGGGACGUCAUUUUCUGCAGAAACCAACCGAAGGGAUGAGGAUGCAGACAUGAUGAAGUACAUUGAGACAGAGCUUAAGAAGAGGAAAGGGAUUGUGGAACACGAGGAACAGAAAAUAAAGCUGAAGAAUGCGGAGGAUUGUCUUUAUGAACUACCAGAAAAUAUCCGUGUUUCCUCAGCAAAGAAAACCGAAGAGAUGCUUUCCAACCAGAUGCUGAGUGGCAUCCCUGAGGUGGACCUUGGCAUCGAUGCUAAAAUUAAAAAUAUCAUUUCCACGGAGGAUGCCAAGGCCCGUCUGCUGGCAGAACAGCAGAACAAGAAGAAAGACAGUGAGACAUCCUUCGUGCCCACUAACAUGGCUGUAAAUUACGUGCAGCACAAUCGAUUUUAUCAUGAGGAGCUCAAUGCCCCCAUACGGAGGAAUAAAGAAGAACCCAAAGCCCGGCCUUUGAGAGUGGGUGACACGGAGAAGCCGGAGCCUGAGAGGUCCCCUCCUAACCGCAAGCGUCCUGCUAACGAGAAGGCCACCGAUGAUUAUCACUAUGAAAAAUUCAAGAAGAUGAACAGGCGGUACUGAGGGUGGCUGAAGGGAAGAAGUGCAGUACCGGAUGUAAAUAGCACCCUUCCCCCAUCCUCUGAAAACAGGUUUUCUGGACACAGUCCUACUGAUUUUGCUAGCAGACAGUUCCAAAAAACAGACUCCAUUAGUCCUGCUGCUUACCUGCUGGAUUUUCAAGCACUGAAUUUGUAACCUUUUGAAACAAAACCAUGUGAAGUUUUCCUAUUUGGGGGGCAAACUAUUCUUGUGAGCAUUAUUAAAUCUUGUUUGUAAAUGUU